CGUCUUCAGCGCGUCGACGCGCCCACCACCACCUCUUUUACACGCUAUGCAGGAGCCGUCCCAGACCAAAAUCGCGACCCCUUCGAGGAAAGGCAAGGAGAGGGAACCAGACAUCGCGGACAAGAUAAUCGCUCUCAGGCGAAAACAGGCAGCGAUAGCUGUACCACGCGAGCGGCCCGAGAGGACGCAACCCUCAACCUCGUCCAGACCCACCCCCAUGCACCCAUCUUCGCCGCGAAGGUUACAUGCGCCACCCGUCCCCAGUCCGAACAUCGUUGUUUCGGAAGCCUCUCCAUCUCAUAUGGACGCAGACCCCGAGGACUUUUCGCGCCGCCUCAAGAUCUCGUACGGGUCGCCAAGAGCUUCACAUGCGCGGCCAGCCGCGAACGGGAGCCCCGGUAAGCUCUACAACCCGAACACCGACCCAGUGCGGAGACCCGCCAUGACCGCCGAGCCUGAAGUGAUGUCCGACGGCGCAUCAAGCUCGCAUUCCCCUCGCGCCGCCCCAUCGCGAGCACAACCCUCACAAGCACCGCGCGGCGCACAAGAUGCUCAUCGACAACUGUUCGAUCCUCGCAAACAUGACGCCGUCCUCUUCUCCUCGCAGCAUCGCCAUCACGGCUCAUCUGCACCUCCCAACCCCUCCUCCAACGUCGGUCGCCCAACCCCCACACCGAAAUCAUCUGGCGACUGGGUCUCUGCAUCCUCAACAUCUUCAGUAUCUUAUGCACACUCUACUAUAUCCUCUAAUUUCACACUCUCUUCCGCCACUACCGACUCAUCUUCCGCCUCUUCGGCACUCUUCGAUACCUCAAAUCCAAGUCGGAAAUCGGAGGAUAGCGCGUCUAGCGCCAACGCGUUCUCGCGCAAGCUGAAGGAAGUCUACCGCACCAUCAGUGGGCUGGAGAGCAGACUCCUUGGGAAUGCGAGCGAGCGGGAACGCGCAGAUGAUAGCGAGCGUGGUGCGCACAGACCGGGCGUUCUGAUCAAAGGGCGUCCGGCGAGCACGGGCGCACCGCGGUCCGGGGCAAGCGAGGAGGAAGAAUCUGAGCGAUGGCGUAAAUUGGUCUCUGACCACCGAGCACUCGCGGAGAGCAUCCGUGAGAUGCUCGCACUCACAUUAGCGCCAACCGUUCCCGCGUCGCUCAAGAAUAUCCCCCAGAAGUACAACCUGAUCAUUCGUCUAUGGUCACAUGCCUUCUAUCACCUGCUCGAGUCUCUGCGACACGCAGCGCGCCCUCCGACAACAUCUCCAGUCGCGCUGGAGUACCUGCAGCAAUUCCUGAACUACGCGUACGUGUUUUACGGCGGUCUGUUCGAGGAGCGCAACUACUCGCAGUACCGCGGGGCCUUCCUUGAAGCACUCGGCGACCUCUCCCGGUAUUGGAUGGCCGUGAGCGCGCUGGUGGAGGGGACGCACAUCCCCAGCAACACCCUCACGUCCUCCGCAGUCGCGAAGAACAACCUGCUAGUCGCGCCCACACCAAGGCCGUCGACCCCGAACGCCACAACCGACGCGUUGGACCUCCCCUCCAACGCGGUCUCUCCGACGCCCGCACGUAUCGACGAUAGUCCGCAAUCCUCGGAAGCCGAGAUGCCGGUCGGCGCGGACGCGAUAGCCGGCGGUGCUGCGCACAUGCAGAACAUCCCUAGCGUCGGGCAGGAGGCCGCGCGCCUCAUGGAGCUGGACCCGGACAAGGAGCGAUGGAGACAGGUUGCGAAGGAGUGGUUCGCGCGCGGGCUUGCCAUCACGCCCAACUCCGGCAAGCUGCAGCACCACCUCGGCCUACUGUGCCGUGACAAGGACGGCACGGACGAGGAGCUGCGCGGCGUGUAUCACUUCGUGAAGAGUAUGGUUGCCUUCCAUCCGUUCUCCACGGCGCGCGAGUCGGUCCUGGCCAUGUGGUCACCGACAGCCCAGGCGCGGCGUCAGGCGCCCGAUGCUCGCCUGAGCGAGCUCUUUGUGUGCCUGCACGGGAUGCUGUUCACGAACAUCCAGCUCGAUGAUUUCAAGCUGGUGCUGGAGCGCUUCCGGGAGAAGCUCGAGAUUGGAGACGGCGAGCAGGUCGAGGAGCGCGAAUGGAUCAUGAUGGCGCUCAUCAACAUCGGGUCCCUCUUCGAGUACGGCCGCCCCACCGCUGUCCUACGACGCGUCGCGGGAGUGGAGUCGCGCACACCCGGUGCCCCGGGCGCCAGCCCGGUGCUUGCUAACAGUGCGCAGGCGGGAAGGCUGAAGGUGUUGAUGGCCAAACGUCUCGACGGCGAUCUCUCCAAGAUGGAGAUCGACGAUGAGGACGUUGACAUCGACAAGUCCUCCCUUGGCACGAGCGAGGUGCCUUCCCCGACAUCGGCGGAACCCGAACUUCCCGCAGCGCUUCAGCUCGCCAUGGAACUCACCUUCGUCAUGCUCUCGCAUACACUCCGCAACCCAGUUCGCCGGGCCAGUGAAUACGCGACGCCAACGCUCAACCCGUACAACACGGUCAUCCUCACGUUCCUCGCUACCGUUCUCCGGGACCAAUCCGCCCGGGCUGCGCUCGAGCGCUCAGUCCCCUGGGAGGACCUCGCGUCCUUCCUCUCGAACAACAUUCCCCGCCGCGAUAUCCUUCGCGAACACCAGAAGGUUAGCGCGGAGAGCGGCAUUCUCCUGACGAGCGGCUGCAAACCGCUCCCGGAGGACUGGUGCAUUCGCGGCAUGGGCUGGGGCGGCAAGAAGGUCUUCGAGCGCGGGUUCUGGACGAAGGACUCGGACACCGCCGGCGAGGAGCGCAACAUCGAGGUCGAAGUGCUCGACCGCGUUGAGGUAGCUGACCAGGCGAUGGAUGGACUCGUCGAGGACGAGGACGACGGGCGCGAGGGCGCGAACGCGGGCGACAACCACCCCGACAAGCGGCGCUGGGUGCGCCUCACGCGCGCGGGCUUGCGCAUCGCGCGUGACGUGCAUGGCUUCAAGUUCGCCGCGGCGUCGCCCGAGGACGGCCGGCCGUGCUGGCGCGUCGAGGGCGCGCUCGCAGCGAAGGUCGCGCGCUGGAGCGAGGAAGAGAGGCACGCGCGGGACGCGGAGGAGCAGCGCAUGCGGGGAACGCGCUGGGAGGACGACUCGAUGGAGGUGGACGACGUGGAAGGCGGGCAGGUGGAUGAUGACUUGAGCGAAGACGCGGAGGACAACGAGCAGGAUCCAGAGGAGAUUCGGCGGCUGAAGGCUCGCCGGCGAUACUUGCAGGCGCUCCUAGAGUCCGGUCAACACGAUGGCGCAUCGCCAAGCCGCCGCUCGCGAGGAUCACCUGCGAGGAAGACGGAGGCUGUGCGCCAAUCGCUCCAGAUGGUCGCAGGGUACACCGUGCUCGUCGUCGACACCAACAUCCUCCUCUCGUCUCUCUCUGAGUUUUCUGCGUUGGUCGAAAGCGGCCUCUGGACCCUCGUUGUACCCCUCCCCGUCGUCAUGGAGCUCGACAGCCAGUCGUCGAACGCGACGCCGCUCGGCCAGGCCGCAGGCGCUGCGCUCGAGUACAUUUCGACGCACGUUCGCUCGCAUGCAACGUCGCUGAAGGUCCUGACCUCGCGUGGCAACUACCUGUCGAACCUCAACGUGCGCACAGAGCAGAUCGACUUCACGAACGGUGCGCGCAACAUGGACGACCUUAUCCUCCGCGCCGCGUUGUGGCAAGACGAGCACUGGGUCGACCGGUCUGCGCUCCUCAGGAGCGAUGGCUCUGUGCAGGAUACCUCUGGUGCAGCGAAGGUCUCCCUUCUCAGCUUCGACCGCAUGCUCCGCCUGAAGGCCCGCUCCCGUCAACUCUACGCCGCCAACGAGCAGGAUCUCGCACGCAUCCUCGCUACCGGCACAUAACAUACGUCGAAGCCAAUGGGUGGCCCUUGUGGAUCUGCGCUCCUCCGGCGUGUCGUCUCACUGUCCCGCCUUUGUUACUCCCCCUUGCAAAUCUCUGGCGUCCUCGCUUUUCGAUUCGAUAGCCGCCAUCUACGCGGCACUUGCUCCGGCCACUCGGAACGACGACAUCUCCGCCUUCUAUCGUGCAGCUCAUGUCGUCGCGGGUGCCCCACUGCAGCGCCUCCCCGUGGCCCCUGGGGUCCGCUUCGCCGACGCCCGACAUCCUCAUUGUCGGCCGUCGGCGGGGCGCCUAACGCGUCCUCUCGCUACCCUCUCGUGCAUAGCAUCCACGCCUUCGCUCCCUCCUAUUUAUUCACAUCCGCACGUUCAGCCUCGGUCUGUUGCAUCGUCUAGUACUUAUCAUCUACCUGCAAAUUUCUCGCGCUGCGUCCGGCACCCGGUACAUACCCUCACUAGGCUCUGUUACCUCUAUAUCUCCAGUCUGUCUGCCCCGUGUUGUCAUAGCUACCCACAACCAGCACCGUCGUUCUCUGUAUCAGCAUCUCUAAGUACUCGUUCAUAGGCCUGGCUCCGGAAUGCAAUAACC